AUGUCUGCAGUGGCAUCUCUGAAAUGUGAGUUUUGCUGGAGUCAAGGAAAAGACUGCAAAAACACCUCCCUGUUGGGAAUUACAACUCCCAUUCAGGAGUGUAAUAUGGACAUCAAUGGGUUCUGCAUAUCUGGCAUUGGAAAUGCCAAAAUGGGUAAGUGAGAAGAACUUUCAGCCUUUUUGACCACCAAAACUUAAAUUCCCAGACUCACUUUCUUAGGCCAUAUCUUAGCUACAAACCACAGGGUGUGGCUUUUCAUAAUGCAGUGUUCUAGAUCCUGUAUUGCAUGUAGGAAACAGAGGGAAAUUCAAGUCAGUUUAUCUACUUGGCUCUUUCCAAAAUGAUAUGCAAAGCAAAACAAAGCCCUCCUUCCACUUCCACACUUCUCCCAUUUUUGCAAUCCAGUUGUGCAGUCGUGUAAUUUAUAUUUUAUUCUAGGCCUGUUCCCCUGCCAGAUGAAUCUAGAAAUACCCUUUUGCCAUUCCUUGAGGUGUCCUAUCUUCCUAUCACUGGUAUUGACUGGAAUAGAAACAGCAUUCUCUGCUGGUGAAUUUUCAUGAGGACUUUUCAAAAGUUUUCCAUCCCUGCCUCACAUUCAACAAAUAGAUAAAACUGGAGGUCUCUCUUUCCACUCCAGGCUGGGCCAGCCCAAGAUAUUGUGACACCUCAGGCGAACCAUGAAAUGCUGCCCACCGGCCAGGCAGGGAAGAAGGGGGAACUGAAGAUCUACAUCAGGAACAAGGGGGUGGGAAUGGGGAUCUACACUGGAUUUAUGUGGGGAUAAGAUGUAUGUUGGCAACAAGGCUGGGAGGAGACCAGCAGCACCUCCUUCAAACAACUUUAUACACAGGAGAAGCAGAAAGAAAUGGACAUUGAUCGAUUUUUGAAAAUAAAUGGACUACACAAAAUCUCUCAGGAAAAACAGCUAAUGUUGAAUUACAAAAUAACGGAUCAGGAGGUGGAAGGGGCCAUCCAGAACAUGCAAUUAGGCAAAUCUCCAGGACCAGAUGGUUUGACUUCAAGAUAUUACAGAUCCUUGAAAGAAUGGUUAAUACAACCAUUGAAGGAAGUCUGUAAUGAAAUAUUGGAAGGGAGAAAGGCACCAGAGUCGUGGAAGGAAGCUUACAUUACACUUAUACCGAAAACAGAGACUGAAAAGACACAGCUCAAGAACUACCGCCCCAUAUUGCUGCUUAAUGUGGAUUACAAAAUUUUUGCAGAUAUUUUGGCUAAAAGAUUAAAAAAGGUGUUAGUAGAAGAAAUUCAUAAAGACCAAGCGGGCGUUCUCCCAGGCAGACAUUUGUCUGACAACAUGAAUAUAAUUAAUAUUCUAGAAAAACUUCAAGUGAAUAUCAAUACUAAGGCAGUCUUGAUAUUUGUGGACGCAGAGAAAGCCUUUGACAACAUUUCUUGGAGCUUUAUGAAGAAGAAUCUACAGGGGAUGGGGAUAGGUCAAGGUUUUGAAAAUGGUAUAGGUGCAAUUUAUUCAGAACAAAAGGCAAAAUUAAUUGUGAACAAUGUAGUGACAGAAGAGUUUAAGAUUGAGAAAGGGACACGACAAGGUUGCCCAAAUUCUCCAUUGCUCUUUAUAUCGGUCCUUGAGGUUUCGUUAAAUAUGAUCAGAAAGGACCAAGAGGUUAAAGGUAUACAAGUGGGAGCUAAACAGUACAAACUGAAAGCAUUUGCUGAUGAUUUAGUAUUGACUUUACAGGAGCCAGAAUCUAGUACUAAAAGGGGUAUUGGAACUGAUUCAAGAAUUCGGACAGGUAGCAGGCUUUAAGUUGAACAAGAUGAAAACUAAGGUUUUAGAGAAAAACUUAACUGUGUAUGAGAGAGAGAAGUUUCAGGAGGAAACAGGACUAACAUUGGUUAAUAAAGAGAAAUAUUUAGGGGUUAACAUGACUGCUAAAAAUGUGAAUUUAUUUAAGGAUAAUUAUGGAAAAUGUUGGAUUGAAGUGAAAAAGGAUUUAGAAAUAUGGACAAAUUUGAAGUUAUCAUUGUUAGGCCUAAUUGCUGUGAUAAAAAUGAAUGUGCUGCCAAGGAUGUUGUUUUUGUUUCAAACAUUGCAAAUUUUGGUUAAGAUGGAUUGUUUCAAGAAGUGGCAAAAAGAUAUUUCCAGAUUUGUUUGGCAGGGCAAGAAGCCUCAAAUAAAAUUUAAGAUACUAACUGAUGCCAAAGAAAGAGGUGGAUUUGCCCUGCCGGACCUUAAACUUUAUUAUGAAUCAGCUGCUUUUUGCUGGCUGAGAGAAUGGCUGCUUCUUGAAAGCACUGACGUGUUGGAUCUAGAAGGUUUCAAUAAUGUAUUCGGUUGGCAUGCAUACUUGUGGUACGAUAAGGUAAAAGUACAUAAAGCGUUUAAAAAUCAUAUUUUUAGAAAAGCAUUGUUUAAUAUCUGGAUAAGGUAUAAGGAUUUGUUAGAAAAGAAAACCCCAAGAUGGUUGUCACGAAUGGAAGCGAAGGCACAGAAAAAACUCAAUAUGGAGGCCAAAUGGCCGAAAUAUUGGGAACUUCUGGAACAAGAUGGAGACAGAUUAAAAUUGCAGAGCUUUGAAAAAUUGAAAAAUAGAGUGCGAGAUUGGCUCCAUUAUUAUCAAAUAAUGGAGGCAUACUGUGAUGAGUAUGAGUUACUCGUGCGUAAACUGGUGCCUCUCUAGGCUAAUUUGCCUUGUUAAACCUUUCUGACUGCACAGCCCUUUCUCAUCAUGACUGUCUCAGUCACUAGCAGAAUCCGUCAGUGGGCGUUUCUUGAAUCUCUUCCAACAUAAGAGUUGUUUGACACCCAAUCUCCUCCGCCUCUCACUGCGCGGGAGCCUUCUGCGCAGGGUGGGCGUAGGUAGCGGGGGACCUGUCCCCUCCUCACUGAGUUCCAGUGAAGAGUCCGUGAGCCCUCUCUCCGAUUUCCCCAUCUGCUCACUUUUGUUCCUGGUGUUGCGCUUAAAUGCUUCCCCCUCCACUGAGUUGCUUCUCCCCCUGCUGCUGGGUCCUUCUCCAGCAUCAUCUAGGAGCCUCCCCUUCGCCUCCCGCUCUGAUGUCAGUUCCCUGACACAUACAAUCUGGACAAAAAAGUUGGUUUCCAGGUGGAAAAAUCAAAAUUGAAAUUGGAAACAGAAUUGUUAGAUCCAAAAAUCAAGAAUUUGUCAAGAAUGUAUAACUUGCUGUUGAAAUGGAACACUCAGGAUGAAAUGGUGAAAUCAGUUAUGAUUAAAUGGGCACAAGAUGUUGGACAUAACAUAAUGAUGGCUGACUGGGAACAGUUAUGGACCACAGGUAUGAAAUUUACGGCAUGUAAUGUCCUAGGAGAAAAAUUAAGGAAAAUGAUUUAUAGGUGGUACAUGACACCAGUCAAGCUUGCAAAAAUUUAUCAUUUGCCCGACAAUAAAUGUUGGAAAUGUAAUGAGACUGAAGGUACAUUCUUUCACCUUUGGUGGACAUGCCCAAAGAUUAAGACAUUCUGGGAGAUGAUCUAUAACGAAAUGAAAAAGGUAUUUAAAUAUACCUUUCUGAAGAAACCAGAGGCCUUUCUCCUGGGCAUGGUUGGCCAAUUGGUGUCAAAGAAGGAUAGAUUUUUUUUUUAUGUAUGCAACAACAGCAGCAAGAAUACUCAUCGCAAAGUAUUGGAAGACACAAGAUUUACCCACCCGGGAAGAAUGGCAGAUGAAGUUGAUGGACUAUAUGGAAUUGGCGGAAAUGACUGGCAGAAUCCGAGACCAGGGAGAAGAGUCGGUGGAAGAAGACUGGAAAAAGUUUAAAGACUAUUUACAGAAAUACUGUAAAAUUAAUGAAUGUUAGGAAAAUGUUGGAAUGAAGUUAUAUGGCUUUAGUAGAAAUGUUAUAAGGAAUUAAGUAUAAAUAGAUUAAUAGAGUAUUAAAGGGAAAAAUAAGGUUAGAAUGUGUUAAGAUAAUUAAAGGAUAGAAAGCAGAGGAAGAUGGAAAGGAAUUGCUGAAACAAUUAACAGAAGUGGAAUACAAAAAGGGAGGUGUGAGGAGGUCAUUGAAAUAAGUGAAUGAAAGAUAAGAUAUUGAAACUGUUUGAUGUGUUUUAAACUGUUUUUGUUUUGUUUUGUUAGUUUAAUGUGUUAGUGUUAUGUAUUGUUUUUGUAUUGUAUUGUAUUGUUUAUUUUUUUGUAGUGUUUAAAUUGUUGGAAAAGUAAUAAAUAUUAUUUUUUUUAAAAAAAAAGAGAGACCAGCAGCACCUCCUAAUUGCCAAGAUGCGCCAUUUGGAGGGUCUGCCAGGGAGGUCUGGCCUCCAAAGCAAAGCUGCAAAGGUGGCAGCAGCCUGCAAUGCUUUCAUUGGAGGCUGCCCCUGUGGAUUCUUUCCUCUUGUGUGGGCAAGCCGUAUCUCCAGGUGUAGUUAUUUCCUUCCAAUUCUUUCUUCUAUAGCUGGUUCUGCGAGCAAAUUUGUUUUCAAGUCCUGCGUCAAUGGAGAGUUUUGCCAUGCAGGCUAUUCCAGUGCCAUUGUAACAUCAGAUAUGUACAUGUUGAUCAAGACCUCCUGCUGCAACACAGAUAUGUGCAACAGUGAACCUCUCGAAAGUAAGUAGCAGCAGCGGGGGGGGGGUCAAGAGGGCUGGUCGCCCCAGGUGCAUUCACUUCCCUCUCCCUGCUCGGAAGACCCCUUCCCAGACCCCACCAACAUCACUGCCACCCAAGCCUGACAGGAGCCAUUUCCAGGCAGGGCAGAGGCAACUCACCUUCCCCUCGGGGAGAGGGAGAGAGGCGGGGACACCAUGGAGGUGAAAGGCAGGCCUCUCAGCAGAGUCUGCCUCUCUCCCUCCCUCCUGCCUCCAGUCCUUUUCCAAAUUAGAGACAGAAACUUGGGUUGGGAUUUGAACUGAGAACCCCAAAGCUUGAAGUUAGGCUGGGCUGAACUACAUAUUGAGGCCUCCUCAGGUGUGACUGGUGAGGCAGUAUGAUGCCUCUGGAUUGGCCAGGCCAACAGUCCCUCUGCUGCAGCAGCUUCGGAUAUUUACCCUUUUCUCCAAAGAGCUCACCAUUUUAGACUCAAAACCCCCUGUGAAACAGGUCAGGCUGAGAGAUGGUGGCUGGCAUAAGGUCCCCCAGCAAGCAUCAUGGCUUGAGCAUGGAUUUAAACCCUGGUUUGCCAGAUUCUAGUCCUACCCUCUAACCACUACAUCACACUGUCUCAUUGGCUUCCCAGACUCCUUUCCCGUUUCUGUGUGAGGAAUUUAAUUUCUUCAGGUUUGCAUCCUUCUAAAGCAAAUGCUAAUAAAACUAUAUUAGAUACCAUGGUCUCCAGUGCCACCUGCACAAAUCCUUCCCUCACCUCUUGUUCCAUUUUCCCAAUUUGAAGAUGUUGUCCUAAGCCGCUUUUAGCCCUAUGGAAGAAGGGGAAAGCAAGCAGUUAGUCUGCUUGCAGAGCCACCCCACCCAUGAGGUAAGGUGAGAUGACCUCCUCAGGCAGCAGGAUCCACAGAGUCAGCCUCCAAGGAAUGCUUUGCCUUCUGCUGCUGCCGCUGCCACCAACACAGUAGUGCCCACCUUGGAGGCUGGAAACGUGCAUCAAAGCGGAGGGGGGGGAUUGCCACACACACAGGACUACGUACCUCCCUUUAGCAAUCACCCCACCCUGGUGUAUACUGUUGUAUACAGCAUUACAAAGAAUUAUGGGAGUGGUAGUUUGUUAAGGGUGCUGAUGAUGAUGAUAAUAAUAAUAAUAAUAAUAAUAAUAAUAAUUUAUUAUUUAUACCCCUCCCAUCUGGCUGGGCCUCCCCAGCCACUCUGGGCGGCUUCCAUAGAAACCAAAAAUACACUAAAAUAUCACACGUUAAAAACUUCCCUGAACAGGGCUGCCUUAAGAUGUCUUCUGAAUGUCAGGUAGUUGUUUAUCGCUUUGACAUCUGCUGGAAGGGCGUUCCACAGGGCGGGCGCCACUACCGAGAAGGCCCUCUGCCUGGUUCCCUGUAGCUUUGCUUCUCGCAAUGAGGGAACCGCCAGAAGGCCCUCGGCGCUGGACCUCAGCGUCCAGGCAUAACGAUGGGGGUGGAGACGCUCCUUCAGGUAUACUGGACCGAGGCCAUUUAGGGCUUUAAAGGUCAGCACCAACACUUUGAAUUGUGCUCGGAAAUGUACUGGGAGCCAAUGUAGGUCUUUCAAGACCGGUGUUAUAUGGUCUCGGCGGCCGCUCCCAGUCACCAGUCUAGCUGCCGCAUUCUGGAUUAGUUGUAGUUUCCGAGUCACCUUCAAAGGUAGCCCCACAUAGAGUGCAUUGCAGUAGUCCAAGCGGGAGAUAACCAGAGCAUGCACCACUCUGGCGAGACAGUCCGCAGGCAGAUAGGGUCUCAGCCUACAUACCAGAUGGAGCUGGUAAACAGCUGCCCUGGACACAGAUUUGACCUGUGCCUCCAUGGACAGCUGUGAGUCCAAAAUGACUCCCAGGCUGCGCACCUGGUCCUUCAGGGGCACAGUCACCCCAUUCAGGACCAGAGAAUCCUCCACACCUGCCCGCCUCCUGUCCCCCAAAAACAGUACUUCUGUCUUGUCAGGAUUCAACCUCAAUCUGUUAGCCGCCAUCCAUCCUCCAACUGCCUCCAGACACUCACACAGGACCUUCACCGCCUUCACUGGUUCUGAUUUAAAAGAGAGGUAGAGCUGGGUAUCAUCCGCAUACUGAUGAACACCCAGCCCAAACCUCCUGAUGAUCUCUCCCAGCGGCUGCAUGUAAAUGUUGAAAAGCAUGGGGGAGAGAACAGAACCCUGAGGCACCCCACAAGUGAGAGCCCAGGGGUCUGAACACUCAUCCCCCACCACCACUUUCUGAACACGGCCCAGGAGGAAGGAGCGGAACCACUGUAUGGCAGUGCCCCCAGCUCCCAGCCCCUCAAGACGGUCCAGAAGGAUGUUAUGGUCGAUGAGAGUAUGGUCGAUGAGAGUUGGUAGGAAAAACACAAUCCACCUCACAGAGCUAAGGUUUAGCAAUCAACCCCUACAAAAUAGCUUUUAUUAGCUACCAUUUUUUCUUAGGUGAAAUCGUAAUGUCACCAAGAACUAAGCACAUCUUUUUCCAGAAGAGAUUUUUUAAGGAGGAAACUGCUAAGAGUUUUCUUUUUCUUCCCCUCUCUAAGAAAGAGGGCCAUUUUCUAGAAUUUCAUGACCAUCUUGUGUGUUUCUGUGGCUACCACUUAGUCUCUCAGAAUGCCCUCCAAUGGUGCUCAGUGCUAAGCCCAAUUGCUUAAAGCAGUAUCCUUGUGCUUGAAAUGUAUGCUGUGAAUGUGGCCCCAGUCAGAAAUCUCUUGCACCAUGCCUUAAUGUAGCCGAGAAGGAAUGGAGCAAGGCUGGAGCACUGUGCUCGGAGACGUAUUGGGAGCUGGUACACAACCCUCUUGGAAGGGAGAGCACAAUUCCAACCCUCACACCCAGCAAGAUGUGGUUUGAAGCUGCAAACUAACUGCAAGGUUGGGGUGGGGUGGUGAUUGCUUUACAGUGCCUGAGCCUGAGAAGAGGGAGCUCAAUGGGCUGAAGUGUCCAAGUUGCGCCUACUUCGGAGCAGAUCAGUGCCGAUCCACAAAAACCGUCAGCUGCAGAAAUGACGAGGACCACUGUUUCUACUUUGGGGGUCGCAUCGGUGUUGGUGAGUCUCUGCAAUCAGUGAGUGCAGCUAGGGCCCCAUCUGCCCUAUGCAUUGAAAGCAGUAUCACGCCACCAUGAACUGUCAUGGCUUCCCCAAAAAACAUGCUGGCAAGCGUGCUGAAAGUUAUUAGGAGACCCUGUUACCCUCACAGUGUGUCUGGGAUAGUCAGGAGUCCAAGGAGGAGGGAUGUGUGAGCAGAGGAGGCAGGCGGAGGAGCAAGUGAUUUGUGGGCUUCUGUGCUACCUGUGAGGCAGCUCCUGGCGGUGGUGGAAGAGGGGAGUCAGGAGGAGGAGACCAGGAAGCCAGAUACAAAGCAGGAGAAAGAGGCAGGAGAAGAUUUGCAGGACGUCCCUUUUUCUUCCCAUCCAUCCACCCUCCCUCAGAGUCUGGAGAGCUCUGGAGACCCAGAGAGAGUCAUAUCUUUGGAAACCUCUGGAUUCUCCCUGCACUUCCACUUUUCCCAUGCUUAGAAAGCACAGUUCCCAGUUGUUUUCCAUGUGCAACAUCCUUUCUAGACAUGGGUCUGGUUGGUUUUGCCUUGCCCCACUGCUUUCCUCCCAGGAAAUCUGCAGGCGAAAACCCAAUUGCUUUUUGUUCCAAUUCUGCACCGAACCACAGGGUUUUCCCCAGGGUAAAGCAGCAGAGCAAAUAGAAGAAUGGAUGAGCCCUGGGUGUCUUCAGGACACAGAGCUAUCAUUUCCAUAAUUUUCUUGGGAAAGGGGUUUAUUGUUAAACCACUCUGGGAAUUAGGCUUAGCCAAGGGAGGAUGGUUAAUGCUACUCUGCUGAGCAAGACGAGCUCUUGUGACUCACAAAACUUAGGUAGCUUGUAGUCAGCCCCAGGCUGCUGCUGUUACCCCCCCAAAGCCAGACCAAGUUGGAACAAUCCUAAUUCUCCAUCACUUGAACUUGAACUAAGAACUGAACCAUAGGGUUCCACUGGAACCUGAAGUGGAGCCGGCAGAAAAGACUGCUCUGUUAGCAAGUCUAGAUGUGACCCAGGGUGGUGGACAGCUGCCAGGAACAUACUGGUGACCACCAGAUGCAUAUGGAACUAGUGUUCCAUAUUGUGCUGUUCUGAAAACUGCAUGACCAUCAAUAAACCUUGAUGAAUUGCUGCCUGGAAACCUGUAGCUGUUUAUUCCAUUUUUUCCUAGCAACUCCAUAAAACAUUUUUGUUUAGAGACACCUAUCCAGACAUGUAGAUCAGGAUGCAUUCCAUUCCCUUUUGCUAUUCAUUCUAAUGAGUUUUAAAUAUUUUAAUGGUUUUAAAUGCUUUUAUACCUAAUGUUAAUAUUUCUUGUAAACCCCUAGAGGUUUUUACUGCAAUCAAAUUGCACCUUAAUUUUUGAGGGGCCAGGAUGGAGACCAGGGGCCACAGGCAUCCCUCUAAGACCCUCUCACUCUCUCUGGCCUUUGGGAUUCUCCUUAGCCACACCUCCUCUCUCUAGGCCACACCCCUCACAAGCCCCACUUCAUACCUAUCUGGUUUGGCCUGACUGAAUGGCCCACAGACAUGUUUGUGUGUGUGUUUUCGACAGGGAUUUUUACGCUAAAGGCUGCUACCCGAGGCUGUGCGACGGCAAGUAUGUGUCACUUCAUUGAUGGAGUGGCAAAGGUUGUGAAUGAAGAACUCGGAUCCUGGAUCACUAGAGCAGAGUGCUUCAAAGCAAAUCACUCUGCCCAUGAGCUGUAACUGGGAGAGAGUGCAAAUCUCCAACUCCCGGAAGAACCCACAAUUUAGGGAAAUCGACUACCUUGUGCUUGAAGCAGGGGAGGUCUCGGCCUGAAGCCUCCCAGCCUUUAUUGCCAGAAGUCUAGAAGCUCCUCCUCAACAACAGGUUGUAUUUGACUUUCAUGUUCAAAUGAGGUCAUUGAAUCAUGUCCAAUAUAAAUAUAUAUGGCCAAUAAUGAAUGUUGUAUCGUGUGUUUUUUCCAAAUGCAACAUUUGUUGGGGGGAACAUUUGCCAGGGAUGUAGUAGAGUCAGACGACUGGGAAAGGUCUGACUCUGAGACUGAGAGAACGCAGUCAGCUCCAGAGUGGGUGAGUUGAGCCUGCACCCUUCAGAGUUUCAAGACAUUUUAGAGCAGCAGACCCAGGAAGCUCACAGUCUGGGAAUGAAGGGGGAGACGACCUUGGGGGGAGUUGCUAGGCAACCUGGAGGAAAGCAGCAUUCAGAGUACACUUCUUUAGAGAGUGGGGGUGAAGUCUGCCCACUUUCUCCACAAAGCAGGAGAUAGGAAAGGGUUAAGAUGCAACAGAAGGACAAGAGGGGAAGGACUGGACAUUGUCGGCCUUCAUGUUGCGUACACGGCAGGGACACAGACUGGGCAAUUCUUAGCCGAGAAUGGCGGGCUCGUGCCACUCUCUGUGUGUUAAUUUUUAAUAAACUUACCAUAAAUCUUCCAAGAGGCUUAUUAAUUCUUAUCGGAGCUUGUUUGCCUGCCUGAGAUCAUUACAUCUCCCUAAGAAAGAGGACUGUUUUGUAGAACAUUGUCCACCAUUUUGUGUGUGUGGUGGCUACCAUUUUGUAUCUUGGAAUGUAGCCCUGAGUGAAUGGAGCGAGGCCGAAGCGCUGCACUUGGAGAAAUGCUGGAAGCUGGUACAAUUCCCGCCACUCACCUACAACGAGAGGUGGAUUGCAUCUGCAAAAGAAAUACGCUGA